UUCAGACUGAAAACCAAAAAAUCUGGCUUUGAUUCGAGGCGUUCCUCAUAACUUCCUGAGUGAUUGACCUUGAACAUGUUCCUUUAUCACUUUUCUUGCAGCAAAAUGAGGAUAUUAGAAUAGAUUAAGUCUGAAAAUUUCUUCUGUAAAGGUCCAGAUAGUAAAUAUUUUGGGCUUUGUGGGCUACAUAUUGUCUCUGUCCUAUGUUCUUCUUUGUUCUUUGUUUUUUUAAAGAACUUUUCAAGAAAUGUAAAAACCAUUCUUAGCCUAAGGAUUGUACAAAAAUAGCUGACUCCUAGGUUGACCCCUAGACUAGAUUAUCUCUAAAGCUCCUUCCAGUGCUGACCUUCUUUAAUGCUCAUUUUUGUCGGGGAGGGACUUCUUUUGUUAAAGAUCUGCACAUUCUUCUUUGAAGAAAUGCUCCCGAACAUUUUACUCAAUGAACUUGUUUGUGCUAGGCACCAGGGACCCAAAGCAACAGGACAAAGGCCCUGCCCUCCACAUUUUCUCUCAAUAGUUAACUUUGACUCUUUCAUUUAGGAAUCAACCUGGACCUCUCCUAUGCUGUGUCAUGUGUUGGAAUAAGUGGCAUGCCUUCUGGAAAAUUAGAAAUGUCCACUGGAAAACUGGCCAGAUUUGCAGACGGCUCUGCUGUAGUACAGUCAGGUGACACAGCAGUGAUGGUCACAGCAGUCAGUAAAACAAAACCUUCGCCCUCCCAGUUCAUGCCGUUGGUGGUUGACUAUAGACAGAAGGCUGCUGCAGCAGGUAGAAUUCCCACAAACUACCUUAGAAGAGAGAUCGGUUCUUCUGAUAAAGAAAUCCUUACAAGUCGAAUCAUAGAUCGUUCAAUUAGACCUCUCUUUCCAGCUGGCUACUUUUAUGAUACACAGGUCCUUUGUAAUCUGUUAGCAGUAGAUGGUGUUAAUGAACCCGAUGUCCUAGCAAUUAAUGGUGCUUCUGUAGCCCUCUCAUUAUCAGAUAUUCCCUGGAAUGGACCCAUUGGGGCAGUGCGAAUAGGAGUAAUUGGCGGAGAAUGUAUUGUCAACCCUACACGAAAAGAAAUGUCUUCCAGUACUUUAAACUUAGUGGUUGCUGGAGCCUCUAGAAGUCAGAUUGUCAUGCUGGAAGCCUCUGCAGAGAACGUCCUACAGCAGGACUUCUGCCAUGCCAUCAAAGUGGGAGUCAAGUACACCCAGCAGAUAAUUCAGGGCAUACAGCAGUUGGUAAAAGAAAUUGGUGUUACCAAGAGAACACCUCAGAAGUUAUUUACCCCUUCACCAGAGAUGGUGACACACGCUCAUAAACUUGCCAUGGAGAGGCUGUAUGCAGUUUUCACAGACUGUGAACAUGAUAAAGUUUCCAGAGACGAAGCUGUUAACAAGAUAAGGUUAGAAACCGAGGAGCAACUAAGAGAAAAAUUUCCAGAGGCCGAUCCGUCUGAAAUAAUAGAGUCCUUCAAUGUUGUUUCAAAGGAGAUCUUCAGAGGUAUUAUUUUGAAUGAAUACAGAAGGUGCGAUGGUCGUGAUUUGACUUCACUCAGGAAUAUAAGCUGUGAGGUAGAUACGUUUAAAACGCUACAUGGAUCUGCAUUAUUUCAAAGGGGACAAACACAGGUGCUUUGUACUGUUACGUUUGAUUCGUUAGAAUCCAGUGUUAAAUCUGAUCGAAUUAUAACAGCUAUGAAUGGAAUAAAAGAUAAAAAUUUCAUGCUGCACUAUGAGUUUCCUCCUUAUGCAACUAACGAAAUUGGCAAAGUUACUGGUGUAAACAGAAGAGAACUUGGGCAUGGUGCCCUUGCCGAGAAAGCUUUGUAUCCUGUUAUUCCCAAAGAUUUUCCUUUCACCAUAAGAGUCACAUCUGAAGUCCUAGAGUCAAAUGGGUCAUCUUCCAUGGCGUCUGCAUGUGGCGGAAGUUUGGCAUUGAUGGAUGCAGGGGUCCCAAUCUCAUCUGCCGUCGCUGGUGUAGCAGUUGGAUUGGUCACCAGGACCAACUCUGAGAACAGUGAAAUAGAAGACUAUCGUUUGCUGACAGAUAUUCUGGGAAUCGAAGACUACAAUGGUGACAUGGAUUUCAAAAUGGCCGGCACCAGCAAGGGAAUAACCGCGCUUCAGGCCGAUAUUAAAUUACCUGGAAUACCAAUAAAGAUUGCAAUGGAGGCCAUCCAACAAGCUUCAGUGGCGAAGAAGGAAAUAUUACAGAUUAUGAACAAAACCAUUUCAAAACCUCGAUCAUCUAGGAAAGAAAACGGACCAGUUGUAGAAACUGUUCAGGUUCCAUUAUCAAAACGAUUACGGUUUGUUGGACCAGGUGGAUUACAUUUAAAAAAACUUCAGGCCGAAACAGGUGUAACCAUUAGUCAGGUGGAUGAAGAAACGUUUUCUGUAUUUGCACCAACACCCAGUGCUAUGCAUGAAGCAAGAGACUUGAUUACCGAAAUCUGCAAAGAUGACCAGGAGCAGCAGUUAGAAUUUGGAGCAGUGUAUACCGCCACAAUAACUGAAAUCAGAGAUACUGGAGUAAUGGUAAAGCUGUAUCCAAAUAUGACUGCCGUGCUCCUUCACAACACACAACUUGACCAUCGGAAGAUUAGACACCCCAGUGCCCUGGGAUUAGAAGUUGGCCAAGAAAUUCAGGUGAAAUACUUUGGACGUGAUCCAGCUGAUGGGAGAAUGAGGCUUUCUCGUAAAGUGCUUCAGUCUCCAGCUACAACUGUUGUCAAAACUCUCAGUGACAGAGGCGGUAUUGUCAUGGGGGAGCCUGUCUCACAGUCGUCAUCUAAUUCUUCCUCGUGAUUUUUUAAGAGAGUUCUAGGGUGAUAAUCUAUAGAUCAAAAUUUUAGGACUAUCUUCCAAUGUGUAGAUUUAUAUAUAGUAUAAAUAUAUUCCAGUUAUCUGUCCUAAAAUACUCAUUUACGUGUGCCAUUUUUUCUUAGAGAGUAACUUAUAUUCUCUUAUCCUUACUUACGUUAUAAAUCAAUAAAUAUUUUUUAUUAAAAGUAAAUGUUUAUACAUCUUAAAAAAGAAUACCCUUUAGUACCCUGUCUGAAAAACUUAGAAACAAUAGAUCACAUUUGCUACUCUAAGGGACCUCUGUCUACACACCUUAUUUUUCCUCUUUACAUACUGUAGGGACAGUUUUCCCAUAGGCAUUUGACAGCUCACCUCUUUGCCCAACAGCUUUACUUACCUGCAAAUAUUUCACAGACAAGAACUUGCCAUUUUCUUCUUUUUUUAAUUCUACCACUGGAUCACCUACACUUGGCACCAGUAGGUGCUGGAAAAUGUGUAUGUAGUUCCUAGGUAUUCUGGACCACGGCUAUGCACAACAGUCACUGAACCUGGGUGAGACCCAGAACUUUCAAAAGUAACAGGAAUGUCGGGGAUUCUUUGCUCCUGUGCUAAACAGAUGGAAGGUACCAUCUUCAAAGCUAGUGCCUGUGACUCCAGAAGCGGCAUCAGAUAUAAAAAGGAAUUGAGGGAGCUGGUGUGACCUGUUGUUUAUGAUAUGGUGCCUUUCAGAUUGGUCACAAAAGCAUAAACAUAGUGAAGUAAACCUUAUAAACUUUAAAACCAAACCAACUGCCAUCGAAUCAAUUCCGAUUCCUAGCGACCCUACAGGACAGAGUAGAACUGCACCAUAAGGUUUUCAAGGCUGUAAACCUUUACGGGAGUAGAUGGCCACAUCUUUCUCCCAAAGUAUUAUAAAUGGGACAACAGAUAAGAUGGUAAUUUUUUUUUUUUAAUUUGCCUAAAUAUGUGAUAAAAUCAUUUACUCAUCAAAUAGGAGCUGUGUCAUUUUCCUGAGUGUGUUCCUACCGGUAGUGUGUGGAUAUCCUAGGGAAGGGUAAGAGAAAGAGGUAUCGUGAUUUUCAGUUACUAAGUAGAUGUCGGAAACAGUCAUGUACACAGGUUGUUGGUGUAACUGUUAGUGAUAAUCUGUGAGAUGCUCACUGCCAUCAUUUAAAAUGUCACAUCUUAAAUCCAGAAAUAAACAGCACAGAAAGGCCAUAAUUUAGAAAUGAGUAAUCCUCCUACUAAUCUGAUUAAAUAUUUGUAAAUAAAAGACUCAGAGUUAACUAGUUCAUAAAAUACUAAAAAUGUAUCUGGCUGAAUCAAAGGUUAGAAGCUAAGUCCCACUCCCUGUGGUGGACUGGAACCAGGGCUUCCAAGUCAUCAGGAACUAAGGCAGUUCUCCCUUGCUACUUCCCUGUACAGCCUCAUGGCCUCUCAUUUGUGAUUCUUGUCAUACAACUGUUCUAUUCUCCGCAAGCCUGCUAUCUCAGUGUGGGGCAAAAGAUGGCUGUCCCACAGGAAGUUUGUGUGUCUAUCAGUUCAAGUUCUUUCUCCUGAAGAAAAUGGUAGCUCAGCUUGAAGAAGGUGUUCAACCUGGUUAGGGUUGCCAGAUAAAAUGUAGGAUGCCAAGUUAAAUUGGAAUUUCAUAUAUCCAGCAAAUAAAAUUGUAAUAUAAGUAUAUCCAAUGCACUGUUUGGGAUAUACUUAUACCAAGAAAUUUUAUCCAUGUAUCUAAAAUUCCAAUUUAACUGCCCUAUAUUUUUAUCUGCUAAGUCUGGUAACACUGAACCUAGUCUAAACAGCUGUGAUCAAGGAGUGUAGGGAGCAGGAGGAGGAACUAAAGGCAAGUCCAUUAAGUUAUUUGAUUUAGAGGUUACAAGAUUUUCCUUGUAACCUCUAUUAAAGAAUCCCCAGUGUUUCACGAAAGCCAAAAGUGAGUAGUUGGCUGUAGUUUCUGAUAUUGUGGCUAUGAAAUUUAAUGCCAUUCCCAAGGAUUCAUAAAUUAGAAGAGUUGAUGUUCAAAAAAAUAUAAAAAUAUGUAAACCAUUAUAUUUUUAAUAAAAUGACAGAAUAUAGCAGUUUAUUAAAAAGAUUGAACAGUAUGACCAAGUUGAUCUACUAAAAGAAUGCAAGGAUGCAUAAACAUUAGGAUAUAAUUCACUACAGGCAUACCCUCUUUUAUUGCACUUGCAGAUACUGUGUUGUUUUUUUUUUUUUUUACAAAUUGAAGGUCUGUGGCAUCCCUAUGUCUAGGAAGUCAGUAAGCACUAUUUUUCCAACAGCAUGUGCUCACUUCGUGUCUCUGUGUCACAUUUUGGUAAUUCUCACAAUAUUUUAGACUUUUUGUUAUUAUAUCUGUUACGGUGAUCUGUGAUAAGUGAUCUUUGAUGUUACUAUUGUAAUUGUUUUGGGGUGCCACGAACUAUGCCCACAUAAGAUGGCAAAGUUAAUUGAUAAAUACUGUGUGUGUUGUGACUGCUCCCCAUCCCACCCUCUCUUUCCCUCUCCUUGGGCCUCCCUAUUCCCCAAUACAGGACAAUACUGAAAUUAGGCAAAUUAAUAACCCUACAUUGGCCUCUUAAGUGUUCAAGUGAAAAGAAGAGUGGCACAUCUCUCACUUUAAAUCAAAAGCUAGAAGCGUUAAUGAGGAAGGCAUGUCGAUAGCUCGAAAUAAGCAGAAAGCUAGACCUCUUGUGCCAGUUAGCCAAGUUGUGAAUGCAAAGGAAAAGUUGUUGAGGAAAAUUAAAAGUGCCACUCCAGUGAACAAACGAAUGAUAAGAAAGUGAAACACCUUAUUGCUGAUAUGGAGAAAGCUUUAGUGGUCUGGAAUAGAAGAUCAAAUCCGCCACAACAUUCCCUUAAGCCAAAACCUAAUCCAGAGGAAAGCCCUAACUCUCUUCAGUUUUCUGAAGGCAGAGGGAGGUGAGGAAGCUGCAAAAGAAAAGAUUGAAACUAGCAGAGGUUGGUUCAUAAGACUUAAAAGGCCAUCUCCAUAAGGUAAAAGUGCAAGGUGAAGCAACAAGUUAUCCAAAAGAUGUAGCUAAGAUAAUUGACGAAGGUGGCUACAAUAACAGAUUUUCAGUGUAGUACACAAAACAGCCUCAUAUUGGAAGAAGAUGCCAUCUAGGACUUUCAUAGCCAGAGAGAAGGCAAUGCCUGGCUUGAAAGCUUCAAAAGACAGGCUGACUCUUGUUAGAGGCUAAUGUGGCUGGCUGGUGACUUCAAGUUGAAGCCAAUGCUCUUACCAUUCCAAAAAUCUUAGGGCUCUUAAGAAUUAUGCCAGAUCCACUCUGCCUGUGCCCUAUGAAUGGAACAACAAAGCCCGGGUGACAGCACAUCUGUUCAUGAUGUGGUUUAAUGACUAUCUUAAGCCCACUGUUGAGACCUACUGCUCAGAAAAAGAUUCCUUUCAAAAUAUCACUGCUCAUUGGCAGUGGAGAUGUACAAGGAGAUUAAUGUUGUCUCCAGGCCUGCUAACACACCAUCUAUUCUCCAGCCCAUGGAUCAAGCAGUAAUUUAGACUUUAAAGUCUUAUUAUUUAAGAAAUACAUUUCUUAAGGAUAUAGCUGCCACAGAUAGUGAUUCCUCUGAUGAACCUGGGCAAAGUAAACUGAAAACCUCCUGGAGAGGAUUCAUCAUUCUAGGUGCCAUUAAGAACAUUUGUGAUUCAUGGGACGAGGUCAAAUACCAACAUUAAUAAGGAGUUUGGGAGAAGUUGAUUCCAACCCUCAUGGAUGACUUUGAGGGGUUCAAGACUUCAGUGAAGGAAGUAACUGCAGAGGUGGUGGAAACAGCAAGGGAACUAGAAUUAGAAGUGGAGCCUGAAGAUGUGACUGAAUGGCUGCAAUCUCAUGAUAAAACUUUAGCAGGUGAGGAGUUGCUUCUUAUGGACGAGCAAAGAAAGUGGUUUCUUGAGAUAGAAUCUCCUCCUGGUGAAGGUGCUGUGAACACUGUUGAAAUGACAAAGGAUUUAGAAUGUUACGUAAACUUAGUUGAUAAAGCAGUGGCAGGGUUCCAGAGGACUGACUCCAAAGCAGUUCUAAAUGUGGGUAAAAUGGUAUCAAACAGCAUCGCAUGCUACAGAGAAAUCUUUCAUGAAAGGAAGAGUCAAACGAUGUGGCAAACUUAAUCGUUGUCUUAUUUUAAGGAAAUAACCUUCAGCAACCACCACCUGAUCAGCCAGCAGCCAUCAACAUCCAGGUAAGACCCUCCACCAGCAAAGAGAUUACGAUUUGCUGAAGGCUCAGGUGAUGGUUAACAAUUUUUAGCACUAUUUUUAAAUUAAGGUAUAUGCAUUUUUUUAGACAUAAUGCUAUUGCACACUUAAUAGACUACCAAAACCCAAAAAACCCAGUGCCAUCGAGUCGAUUCCAGCUCAUAGCGACCCUAUAGGAUAGAGUACAGUGUAGUGUAAACGUAACUUUUAUAUGCACUGGAAAACCAAAUACCUGACUCACUAUGGCGAUAUUCACUUUAUUGCGGUGGUCUGGAACCAAACCCGUAGUAUCUCUGAGGUAUGGCUGUAUAUAGAUUACCUGAGAAAAAACAUGAUCACAUCUGCAAAAAAGGCAAAUGUGGAAGAGGGCCCUUCUGUAACCUCUCAGGGCUCAGGGGUGUCUACAGAGCCCUCGGGGGCACCCAUCAAUGUAUCCCCGUCCCGUGUUUCAAAGCUUCGGGUUUUUACCAGGGCCCUGACCACAUACGUUGAGCACUCAGAUGUCUUUAAAGCUCUGUGACUCUGUCAAAUCCCACGUCUGCUCCUCAGCCAUGCCAGCUUUUCUAGUGCAGGAGAUAAGGGACUCUGAAGCUCCCGAGAGGCCGUCUGACUCCGCAACUUAGUCUUUAACUGUCUGUUAGCUGCCCUCAGUUUCUCAUUAUCCCUCCACAGAGCAUUAGUACAACUUGGUAAUACCCAGAUAUCUCUGCUGUACUUGUCGCCAUUGUCUCCACCGCAUCUGUCAAGCGCCUGAAUUGUUGCAGAGACAGCAGCGUUCUCUUCCCUGGGGAAGUUUUCCUAGAUCGCUGCUCAAAUCUGGAGCAUUCUCUUGUGCCAGAGACUGAGUAAACCAUCCCCAAACCCCAUCUUCCUGCCUGUUUUCUUGGACUACUCCCAGUACCGCCUAUGUCAGUCUUGGUCUUCAGAGAAGCAGAUACCAAGAAGGGAUUAGACAUGCAAGAUAUUUAUUGAGGAGAAAAAAAAGUGAAGGAUAGAAGAGUCAAUGAAAGCCUUCAGAUCAUGAUGCAGGUCUGACUCCUGUAAAAGGAGGGAGGGAAGGAGGAAGUAUUUGACAGGAAGGGCCUCAGCUUUAGACUAAAGUUCUAAGAAAACCUCAGCUGGGCUAAUGAGUUCCCCAAGCCAAAGAGGCCAGUUAGAGGCAUUUUGCAUCAGGCAAGAAAGGAUAAAUACUAGUCCUCUGCCACGGUGCAUCACUGGCUGGGAACAGCUCAAGGGACUUGUGGCCUCAACACGAAUGCAAUGGUGGAUCCAAAAGGGGUGGGAGCUGGCUAUCGGUCAACUAUGCUCCCUGCAGUAGAUUCUCUUGAAGGAGAUCUGAACGACACAUGUCUAUGGCCACCACACCAAGCAUGUGAUACUACUAGCACCUAAUGGGUAGAGGUCAGGGAUGCUGCUAAACGUCCUAUAAUGCAUAGGCCAGUCCUUCACAACAAAAAUAAUCCAGCCCAAAAUGUCAGUUAUGCCAAGGUUGAGAAAACUUCCUCUAGAAAUUUAACCUAUGAAUACACUGACGUACAUGAAGUAACUUCUGCGCAAUUAUUUAUUGUCUGAAACUAUAAACGAUUAGAAAUGAUACAUAAACAGGAGACUGGUUAAAUAAAUUCCAUCUGUACAAUGAACUACUACUAUGUAAUCAUGAAGUAUGUACACUGACCUUAAACAUUUUCAACAUGUUUUUUAAGUUAAAAAAAAAAAAAAAAAGGUGAGCAGUAUUA